CUGAGCGUCUCGUGGCGACUGUACAGCAGGAUGGACCACAUGUGUGACGGGAUCGGUACUGUGCAGCUCCAGGAGAAAACAGUGGACUUCAACACAGAGAAGAACCGGGAGCUGGAGCGGAGGCUCUGAGCAACAGGAGUCCGGCGAGGAGCAGCUCUGAGGCGGCAGAGGUGUGGAGCACAGGUCGGCCCGCUCCAAAUCAUCCAGGGGAAAAACUUGGCAGCUGACGGAGGCAGAAGGUGAAUGAUCCUGACCCUCUUCCCAUCUCCGCUCAUUCAACCAGCCAAGAGGACACAUCUGUCCUACAUGUGUCCCAUCCACCAUCCUCCGCCUUCAAGAACAUGAACCCAUGCAGGCGUCAGUCACACUCAUUUAAAUGUUAGAACUACUUGAGCAGAUAUCACUCGGCUGGCCGAAGAGGAAGAAGAAGAAAGGAACGGUUGAAGGUGCAGGAAGAUGUCUCUGUGGAUGAUACUGCCUGUGAGCCUCCCAGCUCUGACCAUCACUGGGAUAUGGGUUGUGUAUGCCAUGGCCCUGUACAACCAGCACGUCUGCCCUGUGGAUAACUGGUUGUACAACCAGUCAUGUGAAGAGGAGCUUUAUUUGCAGAGCGGGCCAACCUUGUGCUGCACGCUAGACAAUGUACCUCUCAUCAGUAAGUGUGGGACACUUCCCCCCGAGAGCUGCUUCUUCAGCCUUAUCUGCAGCACCGGCUCAUUCAUGGUGAUGGUGAUCGUGCUGCUCCGAUAUGCUCACGUCAUUGAGAAGCACCAAAACUGUGUUCUCAACACGGCGAGUCUCUCCACAGGCUGGAUCUGUGCUGCUGGACUCAUCAUGGUGGGCAACUUCCAGGUGGAUAAUGCCAAAGUCCUCCACUAUGUCGGAGCGGGCAUCGCCUUCCCCACCAGUAUGCUGUUCGUGGGCCUGCAGUCGGCGCUGACCUACCGCCUGGCCAAGACGCAGGGGGAGUACAACGUGGCCCACCUCCGGCUCUGCAUGACCCUGCUGGCCUUCGUAGCCUUGGUGCUCAGUGGCGUGUUCUUCUGUCAGGAGAGCUUCGCCCUGCAGCACGCCUCAGCCAUCUUCGAAUGGUUGUUCUGCGUCAUCAUCAUGCUGUUUUACGGGACGUUCGCCUUCGAGUUUGCCAACUUGUCAGGGGACACCAUGGUGGUGCUGGCUAGAGGCGGUGCUGCUGGGAGAGAACACAAGGUGGACGCACUGGGAGCCCACCAACCGGAGAACCUGUCCAUACUGUAGCCUCAUCGACGCAUCCAGAUGUCACACAGAUGGCCUGUUCAUUCAUUUCAAACUCUUGGUUGUAGAAUGAGUUUAAUUAUUCAUUUCCAGCCGCAUUGUCUGGAGCGCUGAGGUGAACCAGGCCAGUGCAGCAGCCGCUCAUGGUAGAGUGGAUCCUACCCUUACAGCCCGAGGGGGUGCAGAUCUACUGCCACAGUGGAGAGCUCCACUUGUAUUGAUUGUGUCUCUAAAGAACUUGUUUGCAUUUUGCACAUUGCACAAGUGUGAAACCAAAUUUUCAGUAUUUUGUCAAUCAUGGAAACGUGCUCUCCCUCCCCCGCUGAGAUCCUGAAACCUGUCUCAAUGUGUGGCCUCGGACCAUUUCUGCUUCACUGCCGCGAUGCUAAAGGAGUGAAGGCUGCUGGACGGCCUGGCUGACGGCGUUACAGUGGCGAGACGGAGUGAGAGAGAAGAUGGUGUAAUGGAGGAUACAGUCGGAGGUCACAUGAACAUAGUAAAUCCAGAGAGACGGUCCAACAGAGUAUAGACGUUUCAGUCAGUGGUCUGCAUUUUGCAAUCAUUUAAACCUGCAGUAAGCAAUAUGUUUGAUAUUAACAAAUCAAAUGAUUGUUACAUCCAAGCGUUCUCCAGGAUAUCGAACCACCUGAGAAUUAACAUCCUGCUCCACAUAGAUUUUAGCGGCUUUUAUCCGACAGAAAGUUUGGAAAGCAGGAGACGUUUUUCUCUGGAGCUGGAUGAUUAUGAUGAAAAGGAAAGUGGAUAUUGGACUCGUAUUCUUCAGAUGGCCGUUAGGAUAAUAAUGCUGCUCUGUUUCUGCUGGAUGUAGAAGUAGCUAUAGAAGUUAACCAAAACCGCCAAAAAUCACCAAACACAUUUAUAAUAAGGUCAACGACCUUAUGUUCGAUCUGCAACUCCACACAUGCAAAGCUAACACUAUUUUCUAAGCAUCAGGGUCAGGAUGCUUUGGGUGGCGUGGCAUGUCAUAUCACCUACAACAUGCAUACAAUAGAUCUGGUACCUUUACGACUGAGUCUCAAUGCAGCACGUCAACCUGAAACCUCAAAUAGUUUUUAAUUCAACUCCCUCUCUGUAGAGUUUCUGCCAAAGAAUAGGAAAGGGAGAUGACACGGCGUCCAGCGGCUAAAUGCGUACCAGCUAAUUCAAGCCAGAGCUCUGGCUUAAUUGAGUUUGGUGAAGAGGCAUCACACGUGGUUUCAGGUCUUACGCUUGGAGGUCUGCAUGUAAUUACUCCCCCCCCACCCAACCAGGAGGAGCAGAAUGAGCUCCCACUGCUGAACAUUCUGACUUUCUCUCUGGAUCUCGGAUGUCCAAGUGAGAUGAACUGUCCCGCUCACUGUACGUGCCAAAUAUCAGUCACCGGUGCUCAAACACAAAAGGCCUUAUCCUGUCAUGUUUCCCAGAGUUCAGCUGUGAUUAUGAUGAGUGAAAGCAAUAAGACGGAGAUGUGGGGGUCAGUUUGUGGAGGAGUAAGAGACAGGAGGUUGAAUGAACGCCUGAGAGUGCCAGGAACUCCAAAGCAGAUAUUUAUCACAACAAGGAAAAUCCUUUCGAUAUCUGUAGCUUGGACUCAUGGUUUAGUAUCUUCUCUUCAGUCGUCGCUCUGUGAAGAUACUCACAUGUUGAUUUGCAUUCACUGACUUUCUCUAAAAGUGUUAUGUUUAUAUUUUGAAUUCUGUGUAACAUUAACACAGUUUCCUAUUUCGGGUGAAAAACCAGAGCAAGCUGCACAACAGCGACAGGCUUGUUAGUUUGCUCUUUAAAAAUAUCGCUUCCUCUCACCACAACCAGCCACAUGUUGUGCCGAGGUUUUUGUCAGUGCCAGUAUUUUUUGAGUGCAAGUGCUCAAAAGGAGCUUUCUUCGAAUGCAGUUUCACAAUCAGUUACAGAGCGACUGAAAUAUAGUAAAUCACUCUGGGACUGAAUGUAUGAAACCUACUGAGCUGGAGGAGCUCGUGCUCGCUGCUCCCGUGGAAUGAGCUGAGAUGAGGUCAGAACCCCAGCAGCUGAUCACCUGCUUCUCUCUGCUGGUCAAAGCGCUCAUUGCACAUGAGCUUGUGUUGGGAUCGGAGCUGUAAAGUCGUAUUUCAGUUUGUUUUCUACUUGAAAAAACGUUUGUGUCCACAGACGAGAGUGUUCAGUUGGUCAAAUCUGCUUUUGUUCCUCUGGUAAAAACCUGACCUCGUGUCCACACACUACUUCUACAAUAUGCAUUCUUCUAAACAAAUCACAUGUUCAUAUUCAAUGUUCUUUUAAACGUUAAUAAGCCAACUGAUGGUGCUGCUGUAUCAAAAAACAUUUCAUCAUUAUGCAUUUACUAAAAGUUACUUUUACGGUUUGUGCAUGCUCUGUUCCAUUUAAAUCUUUUGCAUCAUCACCUCGGCCUCCACGUCGUUUCAUACCUUUCCUUUUAUUUUCUCCCCUCGUUUUCUGAUCUGUCUGAUCUUUGCACUCAGGAAAAUGUUACGACACCAGCUGCAUUGUUUGAUUCAACUGACUGUUUGCUUCUGCCUCCCGUUGCCUUUUUGUUUGAAUGGAAACCGUUUCAUGUUGGCGAGGACUCGUUGUGUAUAUUUUGCUUUUGUGUAGCGUAGGCGCAACUGCUUUUUUUAUUUUUUUUUAACUGUUGCAGGAUUGAUGGUUGACUGUGAUGUAAUUGAUUAUUUUUGUUAAUCAAAGACUCAGUAAAGCUUAAGAGAAGAAUAAACAUUCCUCAACAGUUAGCUUGUGAGGAGGUUUAUGCUGUUUCACGCAGACAUGGUUAAAUAUCUGCAAAGAUAAACUGGCUGACUCUUGUGUUCAGUACAUGAUGUGUGAGAGCAUUCUAAGAAACUAACUAGCAUCUGUAAACCCGACAGUUACUCAAUACCAAGUUUCCUCAGUUAAAAUGCAAAAUAUUCCCUAUGUGCCUUAUGUAUUAUUUUGAUAAUGAAACCAAAGAGGUUUAGGAUAUAAAAUUCUAUUUUGAUGAAAAGUCAUAUGAUUGUAUGUGUGAGUAUAAUAUCUCUAUAUGUAUAGAUAUAGAUAUAUGCCUUAAUGUUAAAAAAAAUAAAAAUACAGCUAAAAACA